AGGGAAACGAAAAUGCAGACUUCAGUGGCCUUCAAAAUAAUGAUUAUGCGCUGAAGCUGUGUAUAUAAAGGAACGAAAUCCCGAAGGGGAGCACAAACUGGUUCCAGGAGCUCUAACAAUCACAAGAUGAAGCUGCUGUUCAUUUGUAUUGGCGCUGCCCUAUUGGCUGUCUGCUACGGCGGGGGUGUAGGUGGAUUCGGUGGUGGACAUGGAGGAUUCGGUGGUGGACAUGGAGGAUUCGGUGGAGGACAUGGAGGAUUUGGAGGUGGAGGAUUUGGCGGUAGAAGUUAUGGUUCAGGUGGUUUUGGUCACGGGGGAGGAUUUGGUGGAAGGGGCUUCGGAGGAGGUGGAUUCGGCAGAGGGCAUGGAGGAUUCGGAGGUGGCUCCUUCUCCAGGGGUAGAGGGUAUGGCAAAUAAAAUGGCCUCCAUCGAAAGCCUGGUAACUAGUAUUGAAAGAAAUUCUCCAAAUUCAUUACCAAAAGAUUUUCAAUAAAUUUGUAAUUUUAGACGCUGUUGCCAUUAAAGAUGAAUGAUAAUGGGAAAA